AUGUAAUCAUGUCGUAUUUAUGGAGAAAUAUUUGUCACGUGAAAUCCUGGAUAUAUCGUUGAGUUCCACUUGUGUACAUGUACACCGGAUGCCUUGCAUGCUCCAUGAACGUGAUUUCGUUCGGUUUGGGGCGUGAACAAGCCAUGAUCUAUCGUUCUUCUAUACAUAAAACGUUUAAUAUAUAAUAAAAUAAUGGUGUGUGUAUGUAUGUGUUAGUCACAAGUUAAGCACGUGUAAUCGCGUGUUCGUCUUAUUGUUCGCAUGUAUAUUCGCUACUAUAUGUUUACUUGGACCUUCACGUGGACGAUUUGUCAUCGUCGUCCUUUAUCUUUUUGUCUUUCAAUUAAUCUUGUUAGUAUACGUCGUAUUAUGAAUAACUAGUUGAAAGUACGCUGAUCAGUUUUGUCGAUAUUAAUUAUAUGUAUUUGUUGGGAUAUUAAAUAUGUUAAACAAAUUUGUCAUUGUUCAUAAUGACAUCCUUUAGUUUUUUAUUUUACGAUUAAGAAAUAAAUUAUAGAGAAGGUAUUGUCCAUUUUAACAUUUUAUCACUUUUUCCUUGGUGUAUUAUCUUGAGGAAAAAACGAAAAAUAUAACUGAUCGAUGAACAAACAAAGAAAAGAAAGAAAAAAAAUAAAAAAAAUAAAAAAAUGUGAAAGAAACGAAUUCGUAACGGAUGGAUGAUAAUACCUGCAAUAAUAUAGAUCUAACAGUAAAGAUAUAAAAAUGUAGAUAUCAAGAAGCAAACAUUUAUUGCAUGAGAAUCAAGGUGGAUCUGGUCCAGUAGGCCAGGGACCAAACCCUCAGCAGGGACCGGUUGGAUCGAUGGUACCUGGUCAAAUAGGUCCUAAUGGGCCUCAAAGUGGAAGACCUGUUGGAAACAGUCCAAGUAAUCAAAUUGGACCUGGAGGACAAAUGGGACCUGGUAAUCAAAUGAGUCAAAGUGGUCCUGCUAAUCAAAUGGGUCAAUUAGGACCAGGAAGUGGCCCAGGUACCCAAAUGGGACCUGGAAGUAGUCCUGGUGGACAAAUGGGUCCAGGUAAUGGACCUACUGGCCCUGGUGGUCCAAUGGGGCCUGGGAAUGGACCUUCUGGACCUGGUCAAAUGGGACCCGGCGGAGGUCCUGGUGGACCGCAAUUGGGACCAGGACAAAUGGUGCCUAGUAAUCAGAUGUCUCAAAGUGGGCCAGCAAAUCAACUAGGACCCAAUGGGCCAAGUAAUCAGAUGGGCCCAGGAGGACCAGCCAGUCAAAUGAGUCAUGCAGUUGCUAGUGGUCAAAUGGGACCAAAUGGACUCGGUGGACAACCGAACUCCAAUCAGAUAGGUCCCAAUACGUCAAAUCAAGGACAAAUUGUUCCUGGAAGUUCAGGUCCAAUGGGACCAGGUGCACCAGUAAAUCAAAUGAGUCAAACUGGACCUGGCCAUAUUGGGCCUAGUGGUCCUACAGGCCCACCUGGUUCUGGUCAAGAAAAUCUGAAUGCUUUACAAAAAGCUAUAGAUUCUAUGGAAGAAAAAGGUCUUCAGGAAGAUCCACGAUAUUCGCAAUUACUAGCGCUAAGAGCUCGUCAAGGAAGUAGCAUGGGAGAGAAACAAACAUUUAGUGCUCAACAGUUACAACAACUACGAGUACAAAUCAUGGCAUAUCGUAUAUUAGCAAGGAAUCAGCCUUUAUCACAACAAUUAGCACUUGCUGUUCAAGGCGGAGCUCCACCCCCAGGUAUAACACAACGUCCUAUGGAUCCAUCUCAAGGACCGACAACUACUCCAGGACCACAAAUUCCAGGUCCUAAUGUAAUAGGUCCUGCAGGUGCUCCAAGACCAGGUUGUCAAACACCUCAACAGCAACAGCCACCUCAGCAAGGUGCUAAAACUAAUAGAGUUACGAGUGUUCCAAAACCGGUGGGAUUGGAUCCAUUAUUAAUUUUGCAAGAACGAGAGAAUAGAGUUGCGGCUCGUAUUGCAUUAAGAAUGGAACAACUAAGUAACUUGCCAACAAAUAUGCCCGAAGAUCUACGUAUUCAAGUCCAGAUAGAAUUACGUAUGCUGAGGGUACUCAAUUUUCAACGACAACUUAGAUCUGAGAUAAUAGCAUGUACUCGAAAGGAUACGACUUUGGAAACAGCUGUUAAUGUAAAGGCUUACAAACGUACGAAAAAGCAAGGAUUAAGAGAAGCAAGAGCCACAGAAAAAUUAGAAAAGCAACAGAAGUUGGAAGCUGAACGUAAACGUAGACAAAAGCAUCAAGAAUUUCUUAGCUCAGUACUUCAACAUGGUAAAGAUUUUAAAGAAUUUCAUAGGAAUAAUGUCGCUAAAUUGGCUAGACUCAAUAAAGCUGUACUCAACUAUCAUGCCAAUGCUGAACGUGAACAAAAGAAAGAACAAGAACGUAUUGAAAAGGAGCGUAUGCGUCGUCUUAUGGCUGAGGACGAAGAGGGAUAUAGAAAAUUGAUCGAUCAAAAGAAAGACAAACGUUUAGCUUUCCUUUUAUCCCAAACUGAUGAAUAUAUUAGUAAUCUUACAGAAAUGGUGAAACAACAUAAAAUAGAACAAAAGAGAAAGCAAGUUGAAGAGCAGAAACGUAAAAAGAAGAAGAAGAAACUUCAGGAUGGUGAAAUUAACGAAGAUGGUAGCCCCAGCGAUGAUACUCGCGUUGGCGUUAUCGAAGUAGCAACCGGUCGUACUUUAACUGGUGAUGAAGCACCGUUGAUGAGUCAACUUUCUGCAUUUUUAGAAGCUCAUCCUGGUUGGGAACCAAUCGAUUCUGAAAGCGAAGAUGACGAUGAGGAUGAGGAAGAUGAAAAUAAAGAAAAACCAAUGGGUGAUUCUGAAGAAGAAAAAGUGAAAAAGACGAUACAUAAAGCCAAAGUCGAAGAUGAUGAAUAUAAAACAGAAGAACAAACAUAUUAUAGUAUUGCACAUACUGUUCACGAAGUCGUUACAGAACAAGCCUCAAUUAUGGUUAACGGAAAAUUGAAAGAAUAUCAGAUUAAAGGUUUGGAGUGGUUGGUAUCACUAUUUAAUAAUAAUCUUAAUGGUAUUUUGGCGGACGAGAUGGGUCUUGGUAAAACAAUUCAAACUAUAGCUUUAGUCACAUAUCUAAUGGAGAAAAAGAAAGUCAAUGGGCCAUUUUUGAUCAUUGUUCCAUUAUCUACACUUUCAAAUUGGGUUCUUGAGUUCGAGAAAUGGGCACCUAGCGUAGUUGUGGUAUCUUAUAAAGGAUCACCAGCUGGUAGACGUGCCAUUCAAUCUCAAAUGAGAGCAACUAAGUUUAAUGUCCUAUUGACAACAUAUGAAUAUGUUAUCAAGGAUAAGGGUGUCUUGGCAAAGUUGCAAUGGAAAUAUAUGAUUAUCGACGAGGGUCACAGAAUGAAAAAUCAUCAUUGCAAAUUAACACAAGUGUUAAAUACACAUUAUUUAGCACCUCAUAGACUUUUGUUGACUGGUACACCAUUACAGAAUAAGCUACCUGAGUUAUGGGCUUUAUUGAAUUUCUUAUUGCCUUCGAUAUUUAAAUCUUGUAGUACGUUUGAACAAUGGUUUAAUGCACCAUUUGCAACUACUGGUGAAAAGGUUGAACUAAACGAGGAAGAAACUAUUUUGAUUAUUCGCCGUUUACACAAAGUUUUACGACCGUUCUUAUUGAGACGUUUGAAAAAAGAAGUCGAAUCGCAGUUACCUGACAAAGUUGAAUACAUUAUUAAAUGUGACAUGUCUGGACUUCAGAAAGUACUUUACAAACAUAUGCAGAGUAAAGGGGUUCUAUUGACAGAUGGUUCGGAGAAAGGCAAACAGGGCAAGGGUGGUGCUAAGGCAUUAAUGAAUACUAUUGUACAAUUGAGAAAAUUAUGUAAUCAUCCUUUCAUGUUUCAAGCUAUCGAAGAAAAAUAUUGCGAACACGUUGGCACACAAGGAUCUGGAGUUAUCACUGGACCUGAUUUAUAUCGUGCAUCUGGAAAAUUCGAACUUUUGGAUCGUAUCCUACCAAAAUUGAAAGCAACCAAUCACAGAGUAUUGCUUUUCUGUCAAAUGACACAAUUGAUGACGAUUAUGGAGGAUUACUUAAGUUGGAGGGGAUUUAUGUAUUUGCGAUUGGAUGGUACAACGAAGGCCGAAGACAGAGGGGAUUUGUUAAGAAAGUUUAAUGAUCCUGGUUCAGAAUAUUUUCUUUUCUUAUUGUCCACUCGUGCUGGUGGUCUUGGUUUGAAUUUACAAGCUGCUGAUACUGUAAUUAUUUUUGAUUCGGAUUGGAAUCCACAUCAAGAUUUACAAGCACAAGAUCGAGCACAUAGAAUCGGUCAGAAAAACGAAGUACGUGUGCUUAGAUUGAUGACCGUAAAUUCUGUAGAAGAAAGGAUAUUAGCUGCGGCUAGAUAUAAAUUAAACAUGGACGAGAAAGUCAUUCAAGCUGGAAUGUUCGAUCAAAAGUCUACAGGUUCUGAGAGGCAACAGUUCUUGCAGAGUAUUUUGCAUCAGGAUGAUGCAGAGGACGAGGAAGAGAACGAAGUACCGGACGAUGAGACGGUGAAUCAAAUGAUCGCUAGAACCGAGGGCGAAUUUGAAAUAUUUCAAAAAUUGGAUUUAGAACGAAGAAGAGAGGAAGCUAAAUUAGGACCUAAUAGAAAAUCUCGAUUAUUGGAGGAAGCUGAAUUACCGGAUUGGCUUGUCAAGGAUGACGAUGAAGUAGAAAGAUGGACUUAUGAGGAAGAUGAAGAAAGAUAUCUUGGUAGAGGUUCAAGGCAACGUAAAGAGGUCGAUUAUACUGAUAGUAUAACUGAGAAAGAAUGGUUAAAGGCCAUCGAUGAUGAUGGUGCAGAAUAUGAUGAGGAAGAAGAGGAUGAUAAAAAGAAGAAAAAGACAAGGAAACGAAAGAAAAAAGGUGAAGAAGAUGACGAACCGAUGCCAAAGAAACGAAGAGGUGCUGGAUCGUCAAUUGAUCCAAAGAUGAAACGUGCGAUGAAAAAGUUGAUUAUGGUAGUUGUUAAUUAUACUGAUAGUACCGAUGGUAGAUUACUUAGUGAACCAUUUAUGAAGCUACCAUCCAGACGAGAGUUACCUGAUUAUUAUGAAAUUAUAAAGAAGCCAUUAACUAUAAACAAAUUGUUGCAAAAAAUCGAAGAAGGCAAAUACGCCGACUUUGAUGAAUUGGAGAAAGAUUUUAUGCAGCUAUGUAAAAAUGCACAGAUCUAUAAUGAAGAAGCUUCUCUUAUUCAUGAAGAUUCUAUAGUUUUGCAAUCUGUAUUUACGAAUGCCCGACAACGUUUGGAAGAAGAAGGAAAUAUUUCCGAUUUGGAUGACAAAGAUGGCGAGGAAGGAUCCGAUGCUGAUUCCAGUGUUAGAAUGAAAAUAAAACUUAAAGGUAGAAAGAGCGAAGGUAGAGGUGGUCGUAGAAAAAGAGUUACAAAGAAAUAUAUUUCUGAUGACGAUGAUGAUGCAGAUGACAAUUAAAUAUUAAAUGUGAUUAUUCGAUAUAGAAAAUUUAAAGAUUACGGUAAUAUUAACAUUUAAAACUAUUUAUCUUAAAUUUUUCUUUGUGAAACGCUAUAUAUAUAUAUAUAUAUAUAUAUAUAUAUAUAUAUAUAUAUAUAUACUUCGCUCUUAAGAUCGACUGUUGUAAUUAUAAACUUUAUAAAAUUAUUCUACAAAAAAAAAAAAAGAUAUAUCUAAUAAUAAUUAUAACUUGAUUUUAUUGUACGAGAUACGAUACUAUUGUUUAAUCAAGUUUAGAAAACGGGCAGAUUAUUGUUAUUAAUAUGACGAAGUUAAGUCGAAAUUCAAAGAUAGCCCUCCCUUCUUAUAGAAUUAGAUAUAUUUAAGGGAAAUGAAAAUGAACAAAAAAGAAGAAAAGGAGAAACUGAAUAUUCUGCUUCUUCUUCUUCUUUUUUUUUUUUUUUCUUUUUUUUUUUAAAUAAACCUUUUUAUGUUUUAAAUUUGAGUAAUCAUAUUAUGUGUGCAUCGAUUGCAUAGUGUACAGUAAAAAUUAGAAUUAAGAAUUGCAAUUUUAUUUGUACGAACGUAUUAUCAAUUUAUAUAUUGAUCGAUACUUCUUUUUUAAAGAAAGUAUUACAGUAAAUUCUGUUGUUAUAUCAUCAAACGCUCUUAUUAGAUUUAAAAAGAAGAAAAAAAAAAGAAAAAGAAAACCAUAAUACAUUCGAGGUAUGAUUUUUUCUUUCUAAUUAUAUAGAUUCCUUUUAAAUUUUAAUACUUUCAAGUUUUAUUAAUAUUGCGCUUAUAAUAUUGCAAAUGUAACUGCCAGCUAUUGGUUUACAAUACAUACUAUUAUCCUUAUUAUAACUUCGCAUAUUGUCCAUUAAAAAUGCAUAAACAAUAUUGAAAUGAUAAUAUCAUAAAAGCUUAAGGCGAUCAAUUAUAAAGUAUUUACUAGUACAUAAUGACAACGUGUUAAUUAUCCUUAUAACAAAACAAAUGGAUUUUUAAAUUAUGUAAUUUUUUUAUUCCAGUACAUUAAGUUUAAUUCCUUUAGAAAUAAAUUUUUUUUUUCUUUA